AUGGCAUCCACGGCGCCUCUCGCACCUCGAGCAACUGUCCCGAUCGGCCAUGCCCACGACGAAGCACCCGCUAUCAAUGGAAACCACGUCCACAAUGACCCCCGACCACCGCCAGCGCCCCCAGCUGCCGGCACUCCGAGCAAGAAAGACCGCAAGGCGAAGAAGGCCUUGGACUCGAACGAAGCCUCCAAACUCGUAGCACAGCGCAUAUCGCAACUCGAACACGAUGCUGCCGGCGAGAAGGACCAGGAGGCUGAGAUUGAGCGGGAGGUGCGCAAGGCGAAUCGUGAGCUUCAGUCCCAAACCGCAAAGAUGAGCGACAUUCAAAAAAUCGAUCACCUUCAGAAACGGUGUUACGAUCUACUGUCCGAGAUGAAGCGCCACGAGCGUGAGAGCAUCAAGAACAAGAAGCGGGCGGACCAACUGCAAAAGGAGAAGGAUCACGCCAGGAACGAGCUCACCAAGAACACCGGCCUCCGUGAGAAGCUGGAGAAGCUUUGCCGAGAACUUCAAAAGGAGAACAACAAGCUCAAGAAUGAGAACAAGACGCUUUCCGAUACGCAACGGCGGAACGAAACGGCUUGGGACGAAAAGUACAGCGCUCUAUUACAGACGCUGGACGACUACCAAGAGGAGAAGGACAAUCCGCGGAAGCAAGUCGUCGAUAUGGACCUGGAAGAGCUGUUUAAAUCUCGCUUCAAGAGUCUCAUUGACCAGUACGAGCUUCGGGAGCUGCAUUUUCACUCGCUCAUGCGGACCAAGGAGCUCGAGUUACAGUUCAACCUGUCCAAAUACGACAAGGAGAAGAAGAAUGCGGAGGCGGAGGCGGCGAGGGCUCGGCAACUCAACGCGCAGGUACAAACCUUCUCCAAAACCGAGGCAGAGCUGAGAAACCAGCUCAACGUGUACGUCGACAAGUUCAAGCAGGUGGAGGACACGCUGAACAACAGCAACGACCUCUUCCUGACGUUCCGAAAGGAAAUGGAGGACAUGUCUAAGAAGACGAAGCGCCUCGAGAAGGAGAACGAAAACCUGAAACGAAAACACGAGAAGAUGAACCAGAACAUCUUCAAGAUGGCGGACGAGCGGAACAAGCACAUCAAGGACAUUGAAGACCAGAAGAAGAACAACGAGAAGCUCAAGAGCAUCAUCACGCAGAUGCAGCAGCAAGGGCGGGGCAUACCGCAGGGCAUGCAGGGCACGGUGGAGAGCUGCUACGCAGAGGGCGAGGGCGAGGUGGACGGGGAGGAGAGCGAGUACGAGGACGACGAGGAGUACGAGGAAGGCGACGAGGUCAGUGAAGAGGGCGAGGAGGACUACGAGGAGGAUGACGAGGAGACCGAGGACGAAGGACCGCAGUGCACCAAACCGACUGAGUCGCAGCAGCCUCAACCAUUCGGUCCCGAGCGCCCUCCUCCUCCGGCGACGACUAACGGAAGUAAUCACUAG